ACCCACGCUUCUAUUAUGGUAGAAAAAUUGAAACUAAGCUACUUUCCCCCCUUAUAUAUAUAGUAGUAGCACAUUUCCAUAAGGCUUCCCACAAAACUUACACUCUCGUAAAUAACUCUUCAGCAUUUGAAAUAUGAUCCAAACUAUAUUUUACUAAUGGAUUCAUCAAGCCCAAAGCCUCAUGCAAUCUUAGUAUGUUACCCCCUACAAGGGCACGUAAUUCCCAUAAUCCAUCUAGCUAUCAAGCUUGCCCGAAAGGGAUUUACUAUAACUUUCAUAAACACUCAAUCAAUACACGCACAAAUCACUCGAAAGAGCAGAGACGGAGAGGAAGACAUAUUCUCUAGCGUUCGGGGUCAAGACCUAGAUAUACGUUAUAUCAUCGUCUCGGAUGGGCUCCCGGUAAAUUUUGAUAGGUCAUUGAACCAUGACCAAUUCAUGGCUUCUUUGUUACAUGUGUUUUCAGCUCAUGUUGAAGAAGCUUUAAUGAAAAUUGUUCAGUCAAAAGUAGAUCCUCCAGUGAACUGCUUGAUUGCUGAUUCCUUUUUUGUGUUUCCUGGAAAAUUGGCCAAGAAAUAUGGACUUCGUUACAUAGCUUUUUGGACAGAGACAGCUUUGGUUUUUACCCUUUAUUAUCAUCUUCAUCUCUUGAAGUUACAUGGCCACUUUGAUUCUAUUGACAUGCGUGAGGACCCAAUUGACUACAUACCGGGAGUUAAAUCCAUCAAACCAAAGGACCUGACGUCAUAUCUCCAAGAAACAGACACAACCUCAGUCUGUCAUCGUAUUAUUUUUAGUGCAUUUCAGGAUGUUAGAAAUGCUGAUUUCAUCUUAUGUAACACUGUCCAAGAGCUCGAACCCGAGACCGUAUCAGCUCUACAAAUUGAAAAGCCAUUUUUUGCAAUAGGCCCACUCUUUCCGCCUGAGUUUGCCACGAGUAGUGUGGCCACUAGCAUGUGGUCCGAGUCUGAGUGCACCCAGUGGCUCGACAUGCAACAACAAGCAAAUGUCUUGUAUGUGUCAUUCGGUAGUUAUGCCCAUAUUACCAAAAAUGACCUUUUAGAGAUAGCUUACGGGUUGGCAUUGAGCAAAGUUAGUUUUGUUUGGGUACUUCGACCUGAUAUUGUGAGUUCUGAUGACCCAAACCCGUUACCAGAAGAUUUCAAAGGUGAGAUUAGUGGUCGUGGUUUGAUUGUACCUUGGUGCUGUCAGAAACAAGUUUUGACUCACUCAGCAAUUGGAGGGUUCUUAACUCAUUGUGGCUGGAACUCAAUUCUGGAAGCAAUUUGGUGUGGAGUUCCGUUGCUUUGUUACCCUUUGCUGACAGAUCAGUUCACAAAUAGAAAGUUAGUCGUCGAUGAUUGGAAGAUUGGACUUAAUUUGUGCGAUAAAAAUCCAGUCUCCAAGUUUGAAAUUUCAGAGAAAAUCCAACACUUGAUGUUUGGAGAAGCAAGUGACGGCUACAGAAAUGAAAUGCAGAAGGCGAAGGAGACAUUGGCGAAUGCAUCAAGAGGUGAAGGGUCCUCUGACAAAAACUUGGACAGCUUCAUAAGUAGUGUAUGUAAAUAAGAAAUUUGAAUUUCUAGAAUUACAAUUACUAGGUGUUUGAUUGGUAUUAUUCGUGCGAUAUUUAGAUACUAAUUAUGUAAUUGUUGGUUUUAAUUUUGAGUGGUUCAGAUUUUAAUUAUGUACCUAUUGUAGGGAAGACACUACCCUUUCAUGAA